CACCGCCCUUCCUGAAUCAACCAUUCCCGACUCACGACCGUGCGUGCGUGUCGCUCUUUCCUAUCUUGUAACCUUGUAAAUACGUAGUUUAAUUCGUUAGACUAAGUUCGUAAAUAUUAGUAAACAUGUGUUUGGCUAAGAAAGAAUCAUCGCCGCAAAAGGAGGUUGUGUCACCUCGAUCGCCGUGGGCUAAACUGCUCAAUCGUCAGAACGCAAAGCCACGGCUUCCUCGAAAAGUGACGUCUUCUACGCGAGUGAACCUUAACAAGUGCUGGUCGAAGCUUGGAGAGCUGAUCUCCAACGCAGGUCCCCGCACUGACCUACCAUCGCAAAAGACUGCAUAUCCAGAAGAACCAAUUUUGGUGCCUUUCACCGAAUUCUUCUACCCUGUGGAGCCGGUUAAACCAGCUACCGCGGAAGACAAUGAAAACACUGAGAAUCAAAACAUCGCCAACUCCAAUCGUUUUGAGUUGAUCUCUGAAGACCCAGAAAUCAGCGACAAUAUGGCCAAUGAAGUAAGAGAAAUCUGUUACUCAACUAAUAAGACCUGUUUCGUAUGUAAACUUUGUUAUUAGUUUAUAAUCGAAAUACUUUUCUUUCUUCACAAAAUAGUAUAACUUUUGGCUUUAAAAUGCAGUGAAACAAAAUCAUGUCUUCCAAUCAUAGAUUUAGUGGGUGCUUGUUAAAGAGCACAAAUCUAAUGUCUUCCAUUAGACUUAGGAGUGGUCUCGUUUGGUGAAAAUCUCUUGAUGUUCAGUAACUUAUAUAUACCUAUAUACAAUACAUCAAUGCCAAUAUUAAUUAUCUCUGCAUUAAAAGAUUCGCGCCCAAACGAGUCUCGCGUUUAGAUGUGGGGGAGACACAGCGUGUACUCGCGAUCGUGAUAUUAGCUUAUUAUCCAGUGAUCUCUGUUAGCAUUAUAUUACAUUUCUAGAUGAAACGUUGUGUCUAUUCCACGAUAGUUUGUUUGUAACAGUAAACAGCAAGUUUGGUAGACAGCUUUAAUAUCAUCUGCACUGUAAUUAUCAUCGCACCACUCACGGCUCUCUCCUGAACUGAUUAUCUUGUAAUUUAACUGUUUCCUUUUCGGUAUCUUAGAUUUAAGGAUCCAACGUCUUCCAUUAGAUUUAAGAGAGUUUUUUAUAUUGUCUGUGAUAUUAACAAUAUUAUUGUAUCGAAGCUUUAAUUAGUGUAAGGAAAUUCUUUAUCGUAGAAUACAGUAACAUUACUAUUAGAUUGUAGAUUACACUGAGUGUUCCGGAAAAUUAUUUGAUAUUAUUAAAACUUCUUUUAGUAAAAAAAAACUUAUAUUUAUAAGUACUUAAUAAUUUUAAAUUUGCAAUAUUAAGUAAACAUAUUUUUCUGGAAUACUCAGUUAAAUAAUUUAGUUUAGGUCAAUGAAACAUAUCACAAAAGAGCUUUAAUAGUUUUAAAAUAGAGUUGUAAUUAGGUAUUGUAAAAUAUUUUACUCUUAGUUAUUUGGUCUCUAUUUUUAAAUCAUACAGAAGUAGGCCGAAGGUGCCAAUCUACUUAACUUUUAAAUGAAUAGAUAUAAUGUUAGUUGCUAGACGUUUGCUCGACUUUAGUUAAUAAUCAUAAUUUUAAGUGACUUUUGUUUUCAUUGUUUGAUGAAUUCUUCCAUUUGUGUCAAUUGUUAGGAUAAGUUUAUUUUUUUAUACUCUAGAUUAGUUUAAGCUUUAGACUGAUUAUUUUAAGAAUAACCAAGACUUUCGUUUGAUCUCCAUGUCUAAAUAAAUACAUUUUAAUAAUAAAA